ACGAAAGGUUGUUUUGAACACGACCAAGUCGCUUCGCUGCUGGUGGCUGACUUGUCCUUUGCAUUCGAUUCACUUCUUUCUUUCUUCAACCACAUCAUCAUCCGCGACACAAUUAAAUUCCUAGGUUAAGUUUGCAGUAGGGCUCUUCUCUCUCUUCUCUUCACAAUCUCUUCUGUAUCUUCCCCUGCCCGCCGCUCACAAUACCGUCGCCUUGUAUUUCAACUCAUCACAAUACAUUAUGGCCAACAACACUCGCCUUCAGACUCGUCGCAUCGGCAUCACGCGCAAGAAUGGCGAUGAAAAUGCCACAACCAAGCACCUCCGCCAGACUUCCGCCCUUGGAGUCGCAUCUCGCGCCUCUGUCGUCCUGAAUGGCCUUAAGACUGGCCCACAGCGCUCAGCGCUUGGUGAGGUUACCACCACCGCGGUCAACCGCAAGGACGUUGCUGGUAAAGGCAAGGACGCCAUGAAAGAAGGUGUAGACGCGGGGCUCAAGCGUACCCGGUCGUCGUCGCUAGCCGCCGCCACUGGACCACAACGCGUCCCUCUCGGACCAGGUCGCGCGGAGGGCAUUGCACAACGCCCUACUUCGCGUACAUCACGCCAAUCUGUCUUCAAACGCGCAUCGCGGCAGGAACCCGCUGUACCAGUAGUCAUUCCCGCUGAAGUAGAGAAGGAGAACGAUAUGGACGUAGAAGACAUCGAGGAGGACCCAGAACUCAGCAUCAUUAACGAGAAGGAGAUCGAUGAAAUGGUCGGUGUACAAGAACAGGUUGCUCCACAACAAGAGGAGAAGCCCGCCGCUGCGGUUGCAAAGUCGCCCCGUAUGUGGCCUGACGUGGAUACCGAGCGUGCCGUGAGACAUUAUCGAGAGGUCGAAGAGAUCCAGGAAACGUUUGAAGAUGAGAUCGACUAUCUUGACACGACGAUGGUCUCAGAGUACUCGGAUGAAAUUUUUAAAUACAUGAACGACCUCGAAGACGAUGUAAUGCCGAAUCCUGAUUAUAUGGACGGUCAGAAUGAGAUCACCUGGGCAAUGCGCCAAACAUUGGUCGACUGGCUCCUGCAAGUGCACCUUCGCUGGCACAUGCUACCUGAGACGCUUUGGAUCGCGAUAAAUAUCGUUGACCGUUUCCUCACGAGGCGUGUCGUAUCCCUAGUGAAACUUCAGCUCGUUGGUGUCACUGCCAUGUUCAUCGCUGCCAAGUACGAAGAAAUUCUAGCCCCCAGCGUCGACGAGUUCGUCUUCAUUACCGAGAAUGGUUAUACGAAGGAAGAGAUCCUCAAGGGCGAGCGCAUCGUACUGCAGACGCUCGACUUCAAGGUCUCGCAAUACUGCUCACCCUACAGCUGGAUGCGUCGUAUCAGCAAGGCCGAUAACUACGACAUCCAAACGAGGACGCUCGGCAAAUUUUUGGCCGAGGUCACACUCCUAGAUCACAAGUUUUUGCGCUGCAAGCCGAGUCUCAUUGCUGCGGUGGGGAUGUACAGCGCUAGGAAGAUGUUGGGGGGUGAUUGGAAUGAGUCAUUUGUGUUUCACUCGAGCUUCGUCGCGGAGCACCUCGAGCCUGGACACCAAUGGAUAUGCGAGAAGCUACUCGAAGAAAACUUCGCGAGCCAGUACGUCUGCCAGAAAUACGCCAACAAGAAGUUCUUGAAGGCGUCACUGUUUGCAAUCGAGUGGGCGAAGUCGAACGUGGACGAAGCCUAGGGGACGCUGGCGUAGUUAAAGCCCUGCGGCUAGAGAUAACUCGCAGGUCACGGCUUGAAUGUCCAUCACGUUCAAAAGUUCAUGGGUUCCCGAUCUGCCUGCAUCUCAUCUCAUUCUGUGCUUGACAUACUGUUUCACUCUGGCAUUAUUGCAAUCUCAAUUGUCUGAUUACGCAUUCCACCCAGCCAUGUCUCUUAUUAUGUUUC